AUGCAUCAAUCGGCGCUGCGAUCGGCGAGCAGCCGCAUAAAACCUGACGUGGUCGCAAUCAAGACCUGCAUCCGGACCUUUUCUACGACGCAAUUGCGCCUGGCGGACGAAUCUUCUUCAUCGAACUCGAACAGGAACGACAAUGGCGACAAAUCUUCCUCCUCGCGAGCCUACAACAGGCCUCAACUUACCGGACGAGAGCGCUCCCGCGCCGCGGCUAGCGAGAUUGGACAGCUUCUGCGUGGCGGGCCGGUGAAUAAUGCUGCUGCUUCUUCCGGCGGUGCUGCUCAGCCUCGGGGCCUUGAUGAGAAGCCUAGGCUUGGUGGUCUCGAUGGACCUUCUGGAGCUGGCGGUGCGGUCAAAUUCGUCAAGGCGCCUGUCGGAUUCGGACGUGGUCGUGGUGGUCCCGGCGCGGGCUUCGGCGCUCGUGGAGGACGUGGAGAUUUCGCUGGCCGUGGAGGGUUCGCCGGCCGUGGAGGAGGCGAGGGAGGCGGUGGUUUCAGAGGACGCGGAGGCGGCGGCUUCAGGGGUCGUGGUGCCGGUCGAGGUGGUACCGGCCGCGGUGGUCGCGGAGGCCGUGGAGGUCGCGGCGGAGGCCGGGGCGGACGCAAGGGCGAAGAAGACGGCGAGAACCGCCCCAAGCCUACUGGGCAGGGCCCCGAGGGUUGGAAGUCCCAAAUCGAGAUGUUCUGGCGUCCCGAGACGGCCGAGGAGCGCGCGUACAUUUCGAAACGCAACGGUGCGCCCGAGCAGUUUACGCCUAGUCUCAGCGUCGGCGACCUGCUGGGCUUCAGGCCCGCCAUGCCCCUCUCUUCGGCGGCGCAGCCCGUCGUGCAGGCGGCGACGGUGCUGAGCUCGCUGCGGGAGGUUGCCGGCGCGGCGGAUUACACGCCCGAGCGGUGGGGCGACGUGCGGCACACGGCCGAGACGCUGGCUAAUACCCGGGACCGAGGCGUGUACUUCUUCGUCGACGGUGCGGAGAAGAAGGCGUUUGUCGAGGCGCGCGAGGAGAGGACGGGCGAGAAGGCGGCGGCGGAGGAGAAGCCUGACGCUAUUGCGGGUGUCGUCGACGACGAUGUCCACGUCCACGCCGUGCGGGAUCUGAAGCUCGAGGAGGGCGCGAGCAAGGCCGUGAGGGAGUAUAUCCUUCAGCGGGCCGUCAAGGGCCAGCACGUCGGUCCCAAGUUCGUGCCGGGCGGCAGCCGGGAUCCGGUCAACAUGGCUAAAGAGUCGCACCUGCACAACGAGACGUACGUGGCGGGGGAUAUGAAGAAGUUUGACGACAAGAUUGCGGCUCUUGUUGCUAAGAAGGGUGCUGCUGGUGCCGCCAAGGGGGGCAAGGCUGCGAGGGCUUGA